AUGGCCAGGGUACAGUUAUUCGUUGUGCUCGUUCUUUUCACAGCACUGAUCGUAUCUGCAAGACUCACUGUGCGUACCGGACCUCCCAAGCCAGAAGAACUGGAAGGCUACUCUUUCGACCGUUUUCUGCACGAUUUUGGUAAGAAAUAUGAUGUUGUUGAAUACAUGCGUCGCAAAAUCAUCUUUGAGCAGACACUGGCAAAGGUGCGUGCCCACAACGCAAAUCCCAAGAAGUUGUAUGUGAUGGGUAUUAACCAUAUGUCAGACUGGACACCAGAGGAGUUCACGCGUAUCAAUGGCGCCAAACCGCGCAUGAUGCGUCACGUCUCCCGGAAAAAUCUUCAAAAAAAAUACCGAAAAAGCGGUCAACCCACCCCCAAAGCCUUGGAUUAUCGUACCACCUUUCCAGCUGUUUUAACGGCUGUGAAAGAUCAAGGCGGUUGUGGCAGUUGUUGGGCACACUCAGCAACGGAAUCGAUGGAAACACACUAUGCCCUCCAAAGUGGAAAACUCUUUGUGUUGAGUCAACAGCAGGUGAGUGCCUGUACACCUAACCCCAGACAUUGUGGUGGCACAGGAGGUUGUGCAGGUGGAGUGGAAUCCCUUGCGUACCAGUACGUUCACGAUAUUGGUGGUCUUUCUCAAGAAUGGGCAAAUCCUUACACUGGGUACUAUGGGCAAACAGGUACAUGUAACAAUCAUACAUCAAAGGUGGUACAAGUCAAAAACUAUGUGUCACUUCCUCAAAACGAUCAAGACGCCCUCCUUGAGGCACUGGUGCAUAAAGGACCAAUCUCUGUAAGCGUUGAUGCAUCGAAUUGGGCCACCUACGGUGGAGGCGUUUUUAAUGGUUGUGAUUACAGUCAGAAUAUAACAAUAAACCAUGCAGUUCAACUUGUUGGGUACGGUCAUGACGAUAAGCUAAAUGUGGAUUACUGGAUCGUACGUAACUCAUGGUCUCCAGAUUGGGGUGAGAAUGGGUAUAUUCGGUUGCUCCGCACAGAAAAAGUUGAGUGUGGUUGGGAUGUCAACGCUCACGAUGGAAGCGCAUGCGACGGUGAUCCGGACACGGAUUGGGCCUGUGGUAUGUGUGGCAUUCUCUAUGGGUCCACGUAUCCAGUGAUGGAAGCAUAA